CAGGCAAGCAAAGCAAGGCAAUGAGGUAGUGUAAACUUGUGCAACAAGAAUUCUUUUACUUUUGGAAAGUAAAAUACUGAAAUAAUUUGGUGGAUCACAUUAUUGUUUACAAGGUAUGUAACGAAGUAAAGCAAUCAUGGCGGACCCGCUCAGUUUACUCCGGCAAUAUAAUGUAAAUAAAAAAGAAAUAGUGGAACGCGAUAAUCAAAUAAUUUUUGGAGAGUUUUCUUGGCCGAAGAAUGUUAAAACUAACUACCUUAUGUGGGGACCUGGCAAGGAGGGCAGUAUAAAAGAAUAUUACACAUUAGAAUGUCUUCUGUUUAUCCUCAAGAAUAUACACUUAACUCAUCCAGUGUAUGUCAGACAAGCAGCGGCUGCUAAUAUACCUGCAGUGCGCCGUCCAGAUCGUAAAGAAAUAUUGGCAUACUUGAAUGGUGAAACUGCGACUUGUGCUUCAAUAGAUAAAAGUGCCCCUCUGGAAAUUCCAACACAGGUUAAGCGUACCCAUGACAAUGAGGUCGGUGAAUCAGUGGCGAAAAAGCCUCGUAUUGAAGAGACCCACGUACAGAAAGUUCGUGAGCAGCUUGCUGCCCGGCUUGAAGUUACUAAAGAAGCCUCUGUCACUGUUGACAAUAUUAAAUCAUUGUCAGAGGCUAUGUCAGUGGAGAAGAUUGCUGCAAUUAAAGCAAAACGUUUAGCCAAAAAGAGGACUACAAUCAAAAGUAAUGACUACUCUGACACCCUUGGUGUUGUUGGUUCAGAUCUAAGAGCUAUCCUAGAUUAUGAUGUGAAUCACAUUAUAAGUCGGGAGAGGCAAUGGAGGACAAGGACUACAGUAUUACAAAGUCAUGGAAAAGUAUUUGCCAGGAGUAUUAUGGCACUGCUGCAAGGCAUCCGAGCGCGUGAAGAAGGCAGGCCGGGGGUGCCGCGGCCGCAGCCGGUGGUACUGCCACAGCCUACUGCAUUACCGGCACAGCAGGCACAGUACAACAGAUACGAUCAGGAAAGAUUUAUAACGAGGAAAGAAGAAACGGAGGGUUUCAAAAUCGACACUAUGGGAACGUAUCACGGCAUGACGUUGAAGUCGGUGACGGAAGGGCCGAGUGCUCCCCUCGCAGCGCGCACCCCACAGAAUCCUAGUCAGCAGCGGCCAAUGCCACAAAUGCCAGUGUCGGCGGGAACGCCGGGCCGGCGCGAGUUACUGCCCGUGGCCGCGGCGCGCCCGCCCGCCGGCGGCGGCAAGCGGCCUUCACGCACACCCAUCAUCAUCAUACCGGCCGCCGCCACGUCACUCAUAUCCAUGUACAAUGUCAAGGACAUGCUGCAAGACCACAAAUUCGUCCCAGUAGAGCAAAAGAAAGCCGAAGGUUCAGUCCGCGAAAACGAAGUGCUCCUUCAAAGAAGAAAGGGUGGUGAAAAUAUGCCCGCAAACAACUUCGCUAUUACGGUGCCGUACCGCGUGGUGGACAACCCGAGCCGCCUGUCAGCCGCCGAAUGGGACCGCGUCGUGGCGGUGUUCGUGCAGGGGCCCGCCUGGCAGUUCAAGGGGUGGCCGUGGGACGGGAAUCCAGUGCAAAUCUUUGCCAAUAUUUGUGCGUUCCACUUGAAGUUCGACGAGAUGAAGCUGGACGCGAACGUGUCGCGGUGGGCGGUCACAGUGCUCAACCUGAGCCGCACCAAGCGGCAUCUCGACCGCGCCGUGCUGCUCGGCUUCUGGGAGACACUGGACAAGCACAUGAUGAAGAAUAAACCUCAUCUUAGAUUCUAGUUUCUAAUAUUAAGCUUUAUAGAGCUAUAAAAUUAUUGAUGAUACCGUGUGGAUAAUAUUAUUAUGAUUGCCUUCGGAGCGAAGCGUUUUUAUAGUUUUUAAGUCGAAUGUCCUAUUAUAUGCAUCUAGAUUAUCUAGAAAAAUUACCUACUGUGUACAAUACAAAUAGUUUCAUUGAAAUCACUUAUUAAUAUUAUUAUGUAAUGUUGCUCCUCGAAUCUUAUUAGCUUAGUCCACACUUGUAGCAAAUAAUUUACCCUUAGGUAUAUUGCAUAUCUCGUAUACACUAUAAAAUACAAAUGUGGACUCAGUUCAGGCAGAGGGCAACCUAUGUCAGCCUAUCUCAAAUCUUUGUUGUGGCAGGGGCGGCCUGUCAGGACACGUACAGUAAGCAUUUCUAAAAAAGUUACUAAAAUUAUGACACUUUCUGUUAAUUCUACUCAGAAUCACGAGCUCUUUUGAAUCUAAUAUUUUAUUACCAUAAUUCCUUAAUAAUAAAAGGAAUUUUUGGAGCUCUUUUCGGUUUGGGAUGAAAAGAGCUGUUGAUUCUGAGUAGAUAUAUCACAAAUAAGAAAAGUAGCAUUUUUUGUGAAAUGCUUAGGUAAUUGAUGUCGAUAAGUAAAAAUGCCCAAUGCUUUCAUCCUAAAAGAAGGCAAGAUACUUAAUAAUUGCGCGGUACAAUGUUUCAUAAACGCAUUUAUGUUUCUUGGAUAACGGAGGUCCGUAAAUUGAUCAUGGUACAUCGUGUCAUAAGUAAACCUAAAAGUUUUACUGGCAAAAACGAGUGCUUGUUAAAAUGAAACAUCAAUGUAUCUAUUGGUAAGAAUCAACUUAUUGAUAAAUAAACAAUAGUUACAAAAACGCAAACCGACAUAUAUUUUCCUUGCUAUGUUUAGUUUACGAAUACAUAAAUACUAGUAUCUUCCUUAGUUCUUUUCGCUGCCACCGGUCUUUCUCACUAGUUACGUCUGUAUGUACAUUUAUUUAUUAAUAUGCAUCGACGUAUAUGUACAUAGACUAAGCUCUGAGUACAAACAUGGUUUCCAAAACAGUUAAAACUCUCACAGUUAUCUCUUCUCCUUAAAUGUACAUUCCCGUCCCCAACUGCGAUAAAGUCCUGACGUCGUAUAAUGUUUUUU